AUGAAUGAACAUGAACGUUUACCCAAAUUAUUAGCAUACAAAUCAAUCGACAGUGAGGCAAGAGAUAUGAGAAACAAUCUAAUUUUUUAUGGUAUCAAUGAGAAAAACAAUAAUGGUCAUUCAGACACGAGAAUUAUCCUUGAUUUUAUUAAACGCGAGCUUGGCAUUAACGCACAAGACGUCUUAAUUGACAGGGCCCAUCGGUUGGGACAGCUACGAUUUACACCAAUACACCGUAGGGGUGACCCCAAAAGACCAAUCAUCGCCCGCCUCCAUAACUAUCAGGACACUGAAGAGAUUCUUCAAAAAGCUUACAGGUUAAGGGGGAAAAGCUAUGGCAUUGAUAGACAAUACCCACAAGAAAUCAUGGAAGCAAGGAAAGAUCUGUAUAAUUCUCAGUCAGCAGAAGACGCCAGACAGAACAGAAAAAAAGUCCAGAUAAGGUACCCCGCUAGACUUUACAUUGAGGGGCGAUUUGUUGCAGACAGAUUUCCUGACUGGUUCACAAUCCUACGAGGUAGCAGAAUUCCGGAACAAUUUACCGAUCAAUCUCAACAACAAAUCAAGCAACCGACACAAACUGAAAAUAACCAAAGAGAACGGGAGCGUAUGUAUUCCAGCUCAACUGUCAUUGACAGCCCCCAUAGAAACAGCGUAUUCGAAACACCUGAGCGACACGCCCACUCAGAGGUAAACAGUUCACAGAAUGUAAACAUUGUACAUGUUCAUGAUUCGUUGUCACGUGACACAAGUGUGAAUGAGGGUGCAUCAACAAUACAGACAAACACUCAAACAAACUUACCUUCAGAGCAAGUCGAUGUUAUCCGUAAUAGAAAUCGUGCAAGGAGCCGAUCACAAUCACGUUAUUCGCAAACAAACACUUUAAAUCCAAAUUCACAGGAAUAUACACACGAGGGAGCAACACAGGGAAUGGAGACUAGAUCGAGGCCUAGUUCUAAAAAUAGACAUCGGGAAAACCAGUCGAGAGAGAAACCGGCUGAUUCCACUCAACCAGAUACGGGUCAAAGGUCACAGAAAUAG